ACUUAUACGACGUCGUAUCACUAUCUUGCUCACUACGAGCGCGCGGUCGCACUGAGAGAGCUUCAAAGGAAACGCAAAAGCCGGACAGUUAAUCCUCGCCCCCUCCCCGCCAAAACCUCCACAAUUUCCACUGCAGCGCCACCUCGAAUCUUCCCUCAGUCGAACAAUUUGAACAAUGGGUGUUGAAGAAUCUAUGGAAUUGGAUGGAUUGUUAGAAGUUGAGAAUUGUGUUAGGUGUAACGAUGGUGGUUCUGGAAGUAGGAAAUUGAUGGUUUGUAGUGAGAAGGGAUGCCCAAUUGCUCUCCAUGAGGAGUGCAUGUGUGCAAGGCCUGUUUUUGAUCAAUUGGGAAAGUUUUACUGCCCGUAUUGCGCGUAUAAGCGGGAGUUUUUUCGGUGUCGGGAGUUGGGGAGGAAGGUAAUGGGGUCCAAGAGUGUGUUGUCUAAGUUUAUUGAUGCAGGAGAGGGGGAGGAUUGUGGGUGUGAGACGGGCGGGUGGGGUGGUGUUGAGGUUCGGGGUCAGUAUGUGGGAGUAGAAGGAGGUGGGGCUGUGGAAGGGGGAACUGACCAGAGGAGGGAGAUUGAAGAUGUAAGGGGUGAGGAGAGAAUAGAUGAGGACCCUGAGGAGGAGGAAAUUGUUGAAGAGACACAAGAAGAGGAUGCAGAGCCAAGAGAAACAAUGAAUAACGACAAUGCACGUGAUGGAUUAGACCGAAGAGAUGAGGAGGAUUGUCUAAGGGUGUCGGAGGAGAGCAAGGGAGGAAGUGAUGAAGAAGAACAAGAAGAGGAGACAGAGCCCCAGAGUGGUUGUUGUGUACAAGAAAUGACGAAUAAUCACAAUGCACAUGGAUUAUCAGACCAAAGAGAUGAAGAGGAUGGUAAACGGGUGCCUGAGGAGAACGAGGGCGAAAGUGAGGAUGAGGAACAAAUGCAGUCAGUGGAAAAGGAGGUGCCCGGAAAUUCUACUGUUGUGCCUGAAUCUGAUGAGUUAGAUACGGGGUCUCCACUAGUGAGGAAGCAGCGUUUCAAACAGAAGAGUAAAAGGAUAAAACAGCCUCAAAGUGUAGCUUCCUUAAGGACAGUGCCCUCUUCAUCAAGGGAAUUAUCAGCUCGUCGAACAAGGUCUGCAGAGGAGCAUGCUAAAAACCAAAAUGGAAAAGCUAAAACCUUUUCCAAGAAGGAAAGAGAAAAUCAGGAAUCUGCAAGAAACUUGGUACUUCCUAAUGUGAAGGGUAAGAGAUCAAAAUGGACAGAUGAAGAGAUAAAAAUGUUGAAGGAGGGAGUGAGAGUUUGUGGAUCAUCAAACGGAAAGAUGCAGUGGAAGAAAAUUUUGGAAUAUGGUCAUAAAGUGUUUCACAGAACCCGUGAACCAGUUGAUCUUAAAGAUAAAUGGAGGAGGAGCUUGGGGAAAGAAAAUAAAGACAAUGCACAUGAUGGAUUCGACCAAAGAGAUGAGAAGGAUGGUAUAAGGCUGUCUGAGGAGAAUGAGGGCAAAAGUGAGGAUGAAGAACAGAUGCGAUCAGUAGAAAAGGAGGUGCCUGGAAAGUCCAAUGUUGAUUCAAAAUCUGAAAAUUUAGAUACUGGGUCUCCUCUGGUGCGAAGCAAGCAACUCAAACAAAAAGCUAAAACGAAAGAACAGCCUCCAAAUGCUAAAACCUUUUCCAAGAGGGAAAGAGAAAUUCAGGAGUCUUCAAGAAACUUGGUACUUCCUAAUGGGAAGCGGAAGAGAUUAGAUUGGACAGAUGAAGAGUUAAAAAUGUUAAAGGAGGGAGUGAGACUUCAUGGAACAUUAAAUGGAAAGAUGCAGUGGAAGGAAAUUUUGGAAUAUGGUCAUAAUGUGUUUCAUGUAACCCGUCAACCAGUUGAUCUCAAGGAUAAAUGGAGGAGGUACUUUCGCGAAAAAGCUAGAAAAAGGUGAACAUCACUUUGGACUCGCAUAAAACAGGUAAUGGCGAUGUUGGUCAAGAAUGUGCUGCAUGUGUGCAUUAGAAUGGUUGAUGAGUGGGAUGGAAUCGACCAAUUUGUACGUCAAUGGUAAUUUAUGUGGUCGGCAUUUCGCUUCAACCUGGUGUUAACAAAAGCACGGCAUUAAACCCAAAAGAAAAUUCAUCCUCAAGGUUCAAAACGCAAGCAUUGUUAUGAAGUUGCCGAAACUUGUCAGCCAAGGAGCUUCAGCCCUCGAGGAUUUCCUUUCGUAGAUCACAUUAGGACCUUUUUCACUUGUGUAGUUUUAUAUAAAGGAUGUAUCAAUGUCAUAAUCUUGAAGUUUCACAUACCAAACUCUGUGAACAUGGGUACGAUUACGAUGUUUCUUCAACAAUAAAGUGUUCUAGUUUUCGAGCA